GUCGGCUUCGCGCUGCCGCCAUCUCGGCAGCAGGAGGAGGCGGAGGAGGAGGAGGGGUUGGCGCGGGCAGCGGCUCUGCCUGGUCAGGCGGGGCGGGAAGCGGAAGGAGGGACACCCGGCGCGGCCUCAACAAUGUCAGAAGGGGACAGUACUGGCGAGUCCAUUCAUGGCAAAUCUUCAGUGGUCUUUAGAUUUUUCACAAGACUUGGACAGAUUUAUCAGUCCUGGUUAGACAAAUCUACUCCUUAUACUGCAGUGCGAUGGGUUGCAACGCUGGGUUUAAGUUUUAUCUACAUGAUAAGAGUUUAUCUACUGCAGGGUUGGUACAUCGUGACAUAUGCCUUGGGCAUCUACCACCUAAACCUUUUCAUAGCUUUCUUGUCGCCAAAGGUAGAUCCCUCUCUAAUGGAGGACUCAGAUGAGGGUCCUUCAUUACCUACAAAACAAAAUGAGGAGUUUCGACCCUUCAUUCGAAGGCUGCCAGAGUUCAAAUUCUGGCACUCUGCUACUAAAGGCAUCCUUGUCGCAAUGACAUGUACAUUCUUUGAGGCUUUCAAUGUUCCAGUUUUUUGGCCAAUUCUUGUGAUGUACUUCAUUAUGCUUUUCUGCAUCACAAUGAAAAGGCAAAUCAAGCAUAUGAUAAAAUAUCGAUAUAUACCCUUCACACACGGCAAGAGGAAAUACAAAGGGAAGGAAGAUGUGGGGAAGACCUUUGCUAGCUAGAAAUUAUACUGAGCCUGCUGACCAACUCCCUUCAUUACAAUUAAAAGUCCAGUUUUGAGCCAUUGUAAUGAUGCCUCUUUCCUUCAUACCAAGUCAUCAGUAAUAACGAGGGUGGGGACUAAGAAGUUGUAUUUCUCCCCCCGCCCCCUGCAGUUUAUUGAGUGUCAGGCUCCCCACCUCCCCCCACCCCCAGCAAGAGAAUAUCAGCCAUAUCAUCUUGUUAUUCUUUGGAUAUAAGUUAUGUCCAAGGGCUGCUUCUGCCCCCCCCCCCUUCUGUUGUUGCACAACAGGAAUCAUCCCAUGUUCUCAAAACAUCUCAUGGGAAGUACAUGCUACUGGUUUCAGCUCCUUGGAAGUGCAGGAUUUGAGUGGCAAUUCCGCAAGUUUCUGGUGCACAUUUAGCAAGACAGAGUAAUAAAAGAAGGUAGAACAUUCAUUUCAAGCCCCCUCCUCACAAAAGUAUAGCCUAGUGUGGAACAGGGGAGUUCCCACAACUGUAUUUAUUUAUUUUUGGGUCCUUUGUGUUGAUCUAGUCCAGAAUGCAUCCUGGUACAUUGUUGAAAUGCUUUGUGCAUCUACAGAGGAAGAUGAGACACAGUGAUAAUGUUUUCUGCUUUGUAAUGUCCCAGGUUUUGACUAACAGACUGUUUACAGGACCUCUGGUGAUAUUACUUAAGAGGGAAACUUGAGAACGUUGAAAUAAGCCUACCCUGAGUUUUUUAUUUUCAAAGUGGAAAAGGAAUUAAUUGAUUUAGCUUUUAUGGUGGAAAGGCUGAUUUCUUUUUGGCUCUUUCAUAAUGGCUCACUAUUAUUCUUAAUCAUGUUUUUGGGGGCCAGGGUUUGCUGGAGGUCUGGAAUUAAAUUUAUAAAAAAUUAUUAUGUGGAGAGUAUUUUGACACAUUUUAUUUGAUACUUAAAAAAACUUUUUAAGUUUGCUUCAUGUAGCCCUCUCCAAGGUACAUCUACACCGGCCAUGGCAGACCGAGACUUUGUGGGUUUUAACACAGCUUUUAAUUUUCUAUGGAGAAAAAUAUAGAAAUAAAUGAUCUGCAUGUAAAACUUUUUCAAUGUGAUACAGCUAUAAACAGUUUUAUUAAGUGACUUUUUAAAAUUCCAAACUUUAUUAAAAGACAGUGUCCCUUU